AUGGUAUUCAGGAAAAUCGGGUACCCAUUGGUGCUGAUCCGGCCAGAUGAGAUGGCUCUAAUGGACCCCCUCACCGUCGACGAAGUGGGCGAUCUCAUGGAUGAACUGGAGAAGCGAAAGUAUUCACGAUCCAUUAUUCCAAUUCCACACGACCCCACGCUCAUCGUCUCGGGACUUUCAACGGAUCCUGUAAGCGGCGCCAUCAUAAACCUCUACAAGCCCAAGCCACCCAUCAUCAGAAGCCCAACAGCCCCAGUCAAAGUCAAAGUCAAAGGGCAAACUCAACCCCAGCUAUCAACACCACGCAAGAGACGCUUGGAAAAAAGUACCACCAAUGACCUCCUACCCGCCAAACGAACCCGCACAGCUCCAGCAACACCCCUCAAGUCAGCAACACCAAUAAUACGCACCUCAUCGCCCAGAAGUGAACAAAAAAGACUCAAAGGGAUCCCCCUUCCCCAAAGCUGGGAAUCCGCCACCGCCGAAGAUAUACUACUCUUCAAAUUGAAAGAGUACGGCGGAACCUGGGCCGAGAUCACAGCAGAAUGGAACAGUAUCAGCGGGCGGAGUUAUGCCUCUAGCACGAUAUCGAAUCGAUGGACUAAGAUCAAUUCUACUCUGGGAGAUCCGCCUGAGAAAAUAUGGGAUCUGGAUUCUAGUAUGUCUUGCUGA